AUGAUGUGGGGAAACUGGACAAUUGUCAGUGAGUUUGUCCUUGUGAGUUUUUCAACCUUAUCCUCUGAGCUACAAGCUCUACUAUUUCUCCUUUUUUUGACUGUUUACCUGGUUACUCUAAUGGGCAAUAUUCUCAUCAUCCUGGUCACUACAGCUGACUCUGCUCUACAAAACCCUAUGUACUUCUUCCUCAGGAACUUGUCCUUCCUGGAGAUAGGCUUCAACUUGGUCAUUGUGCCCAAGAUGCUGGGGACUCUGAUCAUCCAAGACACAACCAUAUCCUUCCUUGGCUGUGCCUCUCAGAUGUAUUUCUUUUUCUUCUUUGGGGCUGCUGAGUGUUGCCUCCUGGCCACAAUGGCAUAUGACCGCUAUGUGGCCAUCUGUGACCCUUUGCGCUACCCAAUCAUUAUGAACCGCAAGGCCUGUGCCCAGCUAGCAGCUGCCUCUUGGUUCUCAGGGUUUCCAGUGGCCACCGUGCAAACCACAUGGAUUUUCAGCUUCCCUUUUUGUGGCCCCAACAGAGUGAACCACUUCUUUUGUGACAGCCCCCCUGUCAUUGCACUGGUCUGUGCUGAUACCUCUCUGUUUGAACUGGAGGCUCUGACGGCCACUGUCUUAUUCAUCCUCUUUCCUUUCUUGCUGAUCCUGGGAUCCUAUGUCCGCAUUCUUUCCACUAUCUUCAGGAUGCCCUCAGCUGAGGGGAAACGCAAGGCCUUCUCCACCUGUUCCUCCCACCUUCUGGUUGUGUCCCUCUUCUACAGCACUGCCAUCCUCACAUACUUCCGACCCCGGUCCAGCACCUCUCCUGAGAGCAAGAAGUUGUUGUCGCUCUCCUACACAGUAGUGACUCCCAUGUUGAACCCCAUCAUCUACAGCUUAAGGAACAGUGAAGUGAAGUCUGCACUGAGGCGAGUCAUCCGCAGGACCCUGGGCCCUCAGAAACUAUGA